GGCAAAAUAUUGCCGAAAUUACGACGAAAAAGUGUAACAAAUGAAUUGAACACAAGCUAUAGUGAAGAGGGCAAGUCACAGGACUAUGUAUUUCGACUAGUACCAACAUGUACACCUCCUCUCCUACUUAAUGAAUCAAAUGACUUAGAUGAAACUACGACCCAUGAAAUAUCCACAGUUAAUGAUUCGACCAGUAAGCUGAGAAAGCGAGACGAGAAACGAACGAUGAGUGAGAGUGAAGUGGACGAGCUUAUGAGACAAAAUUUCACAAAAGCAUGUUCUUCUAUGAGAAUGCAAAUUUUGGCUCGAACUUUCUACGGA